AUGAAUUGGAGCAUGAGUUCCGAUCACUGCACAUGGGAGGGAGUUAGCUGUGACCAGGAGACAGGGGACGUGAUCGGGCUGGACUUAAGCUGCGGUCAGCUGCAAGGAGCCAUUCUCCCAAACAGCACACUCUUCCAACUCUCUCGUCUCCGCUUCCUCAAUCUUUCUCAAAAUGACUUCAUACUCUCCACUCAGUUCCCUCGCGAAUUUGGUUUCUUUGCAAAAGGCUUGACGCAUCUCAACCUCUCUGGUACUGGAAUAUCGGCAAGAGUUCCCUCAGAAAUCUCUCAUUUGUAUAACCUGGUCUCACUUGAUCUUAGUAGAAACUAUUUUCCUCAACUUGAUGAAGAAGUGUUUAAAUCACUAAUGCAGAAUUUAACUCAUCUCAGGGUACUUAAUCUUCAAUGGUUCAACAUUCCUUCUGUUUUGCCCGUGAAUAUCUCUACUUCUUUAAGAGUUCUUAAUCUUGGGGGAAGUUUUCUACUUGGAAAAGUACCCCAAGAGGUUUUCAACCUUCCCAACUUGGAAGCACUAAUUUUAAGUUAUAAUUUCAACCUGACAGCUAAAUUACCCGAAGCUAAGUGGGGAAGUAGCGCUACUCUCCAACACCUUGAUUUUUCAUACACCAACAUAGAUGGAGGUAUACCAGAUUCAAUAGGCCAUUUGGAGUCGUUAGACGACUAUAACAGGUUUACUGGUGAACUGCAUGAAUUUGAUUUUUCUCAGUCACAGCUGCGGUAUUUUUCCUGCUCCAACAAUUUACUCUAUGGAUCCAUUCCACAUUCAUUUUCUCAGCUUGUGAAUCUCACUUUCCUAGAUUUUUCAUCAAACAAUUUCAGCGGGGUUUUGGAUUUGGAAAUGUUCUCUGGCCUUGAAUUUCUAGAAAGUCUUGAACUUUCUCAUAACAGUCUUUCAGUGAGAAGUACAAUUAUGGCCACUCUCCCUCCUAAGCUUAACCGCUUGGGCUUGUCAUCUUGCAACAUGAAAGAUUUCCCACACUUUUCCAGAGAUGCAGACAUCUCCCUGGGUUUUUUAGACCUAUCAGACAAUAACAUUGAAGGGGAAAUUCCGCCCUGGAUUGGGUCGGUGGGAAGGGGCUCAGCUCCCUAUCUGAAUCUUUCUCACAACGUACUAAUAGGCAGUCUUGAGCAACUGCCUUGGGCUUAUAUUACUUAUCUUGAUCUCCAAGACAAUAAGCUGAAUGGAUCAUUGCCCACCUUGAUGUGUAAUUCCAGCUCUCUUCAGAUUCUAAAUCUGUCUCACAACAACUUGAGUGGUGUACUCCCCAGUUGUCCUACAAAUUUGACUCGUCUUAAAGUGUUGGAUCUGCGUAUGAAUAAAAUUCAGGGCUACAUCCCAGCAACCUUGUCAAAUUUCCGUAACCUGGAAACUAUUAAUCUGAAUGGAAAUGGAUUACAAGGAAGCAUUCCUUCUUCUUUUGCUGAAUUUCAUUCUUUAGCCGUUCUUGAUCUUGGCAGUAAUCAGAUAAAUGAUACAUUCCCCCGGUGUUUGGAAGCUCUUCCAAAUCUCCAAGUUCUUGUUCUCAAAUCAAACAAGUUUUAUGGUUUUAUAAACACGAGUUCCAACAUUGUACACCCAUUUCCUAGCUUGAGAAUCAUUGAUCUUUCGUUCAAUGAGUUUUCAGGUCCUCUGCCAGAAAAAUACUUCAGAAACUUCAAGGCUAUGAUGAAUGGUGAAGUGAAUAAGGAAAAGCGUAGUUAUAUGGAGCAGGAGUAUUACAGUGAUUCCACAGCUCUAGUGAUUAAAGGCAUGGAGAUUGUUCUAGUCAAAAUUUUGACUGUGUUCACAACUAUUGAUGUAUCAAAGAACAAAUUUGAAAGAGAGAUUCCCGAAUACCUUGGAAAUCUAGUGUCACUUAGAUAUCUCAAUUUAUCUUACAAUCAUCUCACAGGCCGCAUACCACGCUCAAUUGGAAAAUUGAGUGUGUUGGAGUCACUAGACUUCUCAUCCAACCAACUUGAAGGAGAAAUUCCUCAGGAGCUCACUAGUAUAUAUUCACUUGCACUUCUUAAUCUAUCUUGCAACCACCUUAGAGGUCGUAUUCCAGAAGGGUCGCAAUUCGAUACAUUUGAAAACAGUAGCUAUGCUGGUAACUUUGGGUUGUGUGGAAAACCCUUGUCAAAAAAGUGUGAAAAAUAUGUGAGGGCACAAGAAGAAGACGAAGAAGAUGAGGAUGAAUAUUACUUUUUCAGUGGUUUAUGUUGGGAAGCCGUGGCGAUUGGAUAUGGGUGUGGAGUGGUGCCUGCAUUUAUCACCGGGUACCUGAUGUUGCUGGCAGGGAAACCAAAAUGGUUUGCUGGAAUCAUUGCUAGAGAAUUGGGCCUCAAGAUCAGGAGGAUGGAGAUUAGAAUGCCAUAA